AUGUCUGCUGAAAUCAGAAGAAAAUUAGUUAUUGUUGGCGAUGGUGCCUGUGGUAAAACCUGUUUAUUGAUCGUGUUCUCGAAGGGUACUUUCCCAGAAUUCUAUGUACCUACCGUUUUUGAAAACUAUGUUGCUGAUGUGGAAGUAGAUGGAAAACAUGUCGAACUAGCAUUGUGGGAUACUGCAGGUCAAGAAGAUUAUGACCGUCUUCGUCCUCUCUCUUAUCCUGAUUCACACGUUAUCCUAAUUUGUUUUGCUGUCGAUUCACCUGAUUCGUUAGAAAAUGUGCAAGAGAAGUGGAUAUCUGAAGUGCUUCAUUUCUGUCAAGGUCUUCCUAUCAUUCUAGUUGGUUGUAAGAAAGAUUUACGCAACGACCCCGCUACAAUUGAGGAGUUGAGAAAGAAUUCUCAAAGACCAGUUACCUAUGAAGAAGGUGCGCAAGUUGCUAAUAAGAUCAGUGCUUAUAAAUAUUUAGAAUGCUCCGCAAAAUCAGGAGAAGGUGUUCGUGAAGUAUUCGAGCAAGCAACACGUGCUGCUUUGAUGGUGACUAAGAAGAAGAAGUCCAAGAUGUGUAAUUUGUUGUAA